CAAACAAAUAAGUGUAGUGAGCCAAAACCAAGCUGCGCUGGCCACAUCAGAAAAUGUGCCUGAGCCAGUCACUUCCCUAUUACCUUCAUGAGAACAGGUUUGAAAGCAAGGACUCAAGUCUGAUGCAGGGCAUUUGCAUGGGAGCAUCAUUUGAGAAAAAGCUGCCAAAAGAGACACUAGUCGGGCAUUCCAAGAUGAGAGAAGCUAGGGAAUGUGGUGUCAAUGUGGAGAAACAGAAGUACAAGCAGGAGAGACAACCCAGACAAGUAACAGUUACUCCCAGAACAACUUUUAAUAAAAUGAUCCUACCUCAGUGUUCCACAUUUGGGAGAAAUUUUAGUCUGAGAUCAGUCUUGAUUUCACUGUGCAGAGAGAUGAUGGGAAAAUGUCUCCAUCAAUGUAAGACACAUGGAAUGAGCUUCCAGAAUUAUCCUGGUCUAAUUCCACAUAAUAGACUUUCCAUAGGGAAGAACCUUUCUAAGUAUAACAAAUUCAGGAAGCCCUUCAGUUACCACUCAGACCUAGUUAAAUUUCAUAGGAUACAUGCUGGAGGUAAGUUAGCAUGUAUUAAAUACAAUGAAUAUGAGAAAGCCCUCAGCUACAGACAGAGCCCAGCUAAACAAAGGAUUCAUAUUAGAAAGAAAUCCUUUGCAUAUAAUGAAUGUAAGAAAGACUUUACUUGGAAGGCAAAUCUUAUUUGCCACCAGAAAAGUCACACUGAAAAGAAACUCUUUGAUUGUAAUGAAUGUGGAAAAGCCUUCAGCUGGAGGGAUCACCUUGUCAGACACAAGGGAAUUCAUACUGCAGAGAUACCUUUUUCAUGUAAUGAAUGUGGGAAAGCCUUUAAGCAUUGGUCAAAUCUUUUUACCCAUCAGAGAACUCAUACAAGAAAGAAACCCUUCAAUGAAUGUGGAAAAGCCUUCAGUCAGAGAGAAAUACUUAAAAACCAUCAAAGAAUUCAUACAGGAGAGAAAUGCUUUGCAUGUAAUGAAUGUGGAAAAGCAUUUAGGUACAAUUCUAGCCUUAUUACUUGUAAGAGGACUCAUACUGGAGAGAAACCUUUUUUGUUUAAUGAAUAUGGAAAAUCCUUCAGUGAUUCUGUAGUACUCAAAAGCCAUCAGAGAACACAUACUGGAGAGAAACCCUUUUCAUGUGAUGAAUGUGGGAAGGCUUUCAGCCAGAGUGAAAUACUCCAAAGCCCUCAGAGAAGUCAUACCGGGGAAAAAUCUUUUGCAUGUAGUGAAUGUGAGAAAGCCUUUAGGCAUAGAUCGAGCCUUACUAUCCAUCAAAGAACUUAUAUUGGGGAGAAACCCUUUGCAUGUGAUGAAUGUGGGAAAGCCUUCAGUAAGAGUGAAGUACUCAAAAGCCACCAGAGAAUUCAUACAGGAGAGAAACCCUUUGCAUGUAAUGAGUGUGGAAAAGCAUUUAGGUACAAUUCCAGCCUUAUUACCCAUCAGAGAACGCAUACUGGGGAGAAACCCUUUGAAUGUAAUGAAUGUGGGAAAUCCUUCAGUGAAAGUGUAGUACUCAAGAGGCAUCAGAGAACUCACACUGGAGAGAAACCUUUUGCAUGUAGUGAAUGUGGAAAAUCCUUUGGCGAUAGUGUAGUACUCAAAAGCCAUCAGAGAACUCAUACUGGAGAGAAACCCUUUGAAUGUAAUGAAUGUGGGAAAGCAUUUAGCCAGAGGGGACAUCUUAUUACCCAUCAUAGAACUCACACUGGAGAGAAACCUUUUGCAUGUAAUGAAUGUGGGAAAGGUUUCCGAAAUAGGACAAACCUCAUCACUCAUCGGAGAACUCAUACUGGGGAGAAACCUUUUGCUUGUAGUGAAUGUGGGAAAGCUUUCAGCAGGAGGGAACAUCUUACUAGACAUCAAAGAACUCAUACUGGAGAGAAACCCUUUGCAUGUAAUGAAUGUGGGAAAGCGUUUAGGCACCGGUCACACCUUAUUACUCACCAGAGAACUCAUACUGGAGAGAAACCUUUUGUGUGUAAUGAAUGUGGGAAAACCUUCAGCCAGAGUGAAAUACUCAAAAGCCAUCAGAGAAUUCAUACUGGGGAAAAGCCUUUUGCAUGUAGUGAAUGUGGGAAAGCCUUUAGGCAUAGGUCAAGCCUUAUUAUCCAUCAAAGAACCUAUGUUGGGGAGAAACCCUUUGCAUGUGAUGAAUGUGGGAAAGCCUUCAGUGAAAGUGAGGUAUUGAAAAGCCAUCAGCGAAUGCAUACUGGAGAGAAACCCUUUGAAUGCAAUGAAUGUGGGAAAGCCUUCCGCCAUAGAGGACAUCUUAUUAAUCAUCAGAGAACCCAUAGUGGAGAGAAACUCUUUGCAUGUAGUGAAUGUGGUAAAGCCUUCAGUGAAAAUGAGUUACUCAAAAUUCACCAGAGAAGUCAUACUGGUGAGAAACCUUUUGAAUGUAAUGAAUGUGGGAAAGGCUUCAGCAGGAGGGAACACCUUAUUAACCACCAGAGAAUUCACACUGGAGAGAAACCUUUUGCAUGUCAUGAAUGUGGGAAGGGCUUCAGCCAAAGGGGGAAUCUUAUUACCCAUCAGAGAACUCACACUAGAGAGAAACCCUUUGCAUAUAGUGAAUGUGGGAAAGCUUACAUUGAGAGUGUAGUUCUCAAAAACCAUCAGAGAACUCAUGCUGAAGAGAAGUCCUUUGAAUAUGAUGAAUGUAGGAAAGGUUUCAAGUAUAGUACAAAACAUUUCUUAUCAGCAAACUGAUGCUGGGGGAGAAACCCUUUCUGUACAAUUAACAUAAGAAAGUCUUAUCAGCAAACUGAUGCUGGGGGAGAAAUCUUUUCUGUACAAUUAACAAAAGAAAGUCUUCAGUGAGAAUAAAGUACUCAAGUUAUUAGAGAACUCUGUGCAGAUAAGUCCUUUGUAAUGAGUGUGUGGAAGCUUUCUGCAGAAGGAACCACAUUAUUAUUAAUCACAGAAGUCAUUGGAGAGAAACCAUUUACAUUUCUAUGAAUUUGGGGAAGGCUUCAGUGAAGAGGGAAGUACUCAAAAUCCAUUAGAGAAUGUAUACUAGUGGGAAACCCUCAGUAUAAUGGAUUUGGGACAAGUAUCACUAAAGGGGAUAUCUGAAAAUCUAAUUAACCACCAGAGAACCCAUACUGGAGAAAAUUCUUUGUAUGUAAUUAAUGUAGGAAAGCCUUUAACCAGCUCAGGAGUGGAACCUUUUGAAUUGUAUUUACCUGUCAGCAAAUCUUAUUUCCCAUUUAAGAAAUCAUGCUAGAAACUUUUCAAAUGUAAUGAACAUGAGGAAGUCUGUAGACAGACCUUAUCAGAGAGAUUGAAAUAUUUUGAAAAUGUAAUAAAAUGAAUAAUUGCUAAUAA